UCCAGCUUAAAAAAUAAAGAACGAAUUAAAUUAUUUCGUGUCGGGCCGACACAUUAUCUCGUGUCGGGAACGGACAAAACAAGGAAAAGACAAAACACGGAACGACCAGAAUACAGAAAGACCAUUCCUUGUUUUGCCCCUCAUCCAAUUAUUUGAUCUAGGCAAAGCAUAAUAACAAGAGAAGGUUUUUAAACAAUUCGACUUUGAAGUUAUUUUUAUGCCCUACGCCAUAGUGUUCUGCGCCAUAGUAUCCUUGUCCCCGAAUUUUUAUUGUUUCUGACCGUCUUUUUUGUUUAUCCUUUGUUAAAGUUUCUUUAAAAAUUUUUUUAGUUUGUUUUUAUGAAAAUGACUUCAGUUAUUCAAUCAGAUGUUGUUAAUUCUUCAAAUAAUAAUUCUAAAUGUGUUGACAAUUCCAAUGAUAAACAGGCGGAUAUCGAGAUUGUUGAGGGGGAAUUAAAACAAGAAAAACAACAAAAUAUUUUUAAGGAUUUAAUUUCAAAAAUCAACCCGAGUAGUUAUCGAGAACGGCCAAAUUAUUCUAGAAUUGAUUUUUCUGCUAAUAAAUGGUUAAUGUCUUAUGAUGAGAAUUCUUUAUCAAAAUUAGAAAAUCCGCCGUCUUUGGCUGAUGGAAUUAGUUUGGAAUUGGAAAAGGAUAUCCGUUAUUUGGGUUGUGAAUUAAUCCAGUCUGGUGCUAUUUUAUUAAAAUUGAGUCAAACAGCAGCCGCAACUGCUCAGAUUUUAUUUCAACGUUUUUAUUAUCAAAAAUCAUUUGUUCAAUACAGUUUUGAGCAUAUGCUCUGUGCGUGUCUUUUUUUGGCUAGCAAAAUUGAGGAACAACCAAGAAUGCCUGGGGACGUUAUAAAUGUUUAUCAUCGGCUCAAACAAUUGUACCAACAUAGACAAAAGAUCAGCAAUGGUGGAGACAUCAGAAGUGUUAAUCUUCAACACCUUCGACCUAAAGAGUGCACUAACAGGCACUUACCACAACUUUACAUUCAAUUAUUCUCCAUUAUUAAUUAA